UCAAAACUCGUGUCAAUCUUUAUCCAAACUUUGUUAUACGGCGCAUAUACUGUCGUAUUCGCCCUGACAGUCUGGAUUCUCGUAUGGCGUCGUCCUGCCGGCCAAAGUAUCAAUAAGCUUCUGCUAUGGACCUCUGUCGUCAUGUUCGUCCUCGCCACAAUGCACAUCAGCGUCAACUACGCGCGCGUCUUCAUGGCUUUCAUCACGUAUAGGAAUGCAGAGGGCGGGCCUGCCGCGUUCUUCAAUAUCCUGUCCAACUUUACCCAGGUAUUCGGAAGCGCGAUUUAUGUGACGCAGACGUUGGUGGGAGAUAGUGUUGUGCUUGUGAGAUGCUACAUUGUUUGGGGAAGACAAUGGUAUAUCGUCGCUUGCCCGGCUCUACUCCUGUUAGGAAGCACAGCAAGCGGUAUUGGGAUUUUGUACUCAUUCGCGCACAUCGAAGACGCCGAAGUGUUCGCUCUCCAGCUUCAGGAUUGGAUAGUGUCUUUCUUUUCGCUUACGCUCUCCACCAAUUUCAUUUGUACCGCUCUUGUUGCAUACCGUAUCUGGUAUAUAAACCGCGCGGUGAUGAAUUUCACCCACCAUAGCUGGAAUCCAGUGAUGCUGCUUGUAAUUGAAUCUGGAGCGAUUUACUCCGCAACGUUGCUCUCCCUGCUCAUCUUGUAUAAAGCCGAAUCUUGGUUUCAAUAUGUCCUCCUCGAUGCGAUAUCACCCAUUGUUGGCUUGGUGUUUUCCAUGAUCAUCGUCCGUAUCGGUCUCGGUCUAAUGGCGCCAACCGGGGAGACUCGCAAUUCCUCGAGCACAUUUCCUACCACCACGACGCGUCGUUCGCGACACUCAGCAGGUUACAAUAUGCACCAUCUAGGACCGUUCAUCGCAGCGCAGCGAAAUGGAGACAAUGUGACUACCACGGGAACACAAUUGUCUAUACCUUCCGGAACAGCAGGUAGACAGAAAGAUUUAAUAAUUGCUACCGUGUCGAAUACAAGUGAAGAUUCUGUCUGA